UAGAGUAUAUAAAGCUCUUGUCGAACUUGUAAUCGAUAUCAGUUCAUUAAGCUCCAUUGCAAAGAACAGUCUUCUAACUACAACAAAAUGAAAUUCCUCUUGUGCUUGGCUUUGUUCGUGGCUGCCGCUUCCGCCGGUGUUGUUGCUCCCAUUACCACAACUUACAGUGCUGCUGCUGUACCAGCUGUUGCCACCUAUGCUGCCGCUCCAGCUGCCUAUACAACAUAUGCCGCCGCUGCCCCAGCCUAUACCCAUUCGGUAUAUAGUGCCAUCCCUGCCUAUACUUCUUCGGUUUACAGUGCUGCUCCAGCCUAUACCACUUAUGCUGCUGCCCCUGCUGUCUACUCCACCUUCUUGAAAAAGAAGUAA